AUGAUGCAGCGGACCGCCAGCGAGAGCGCUGCCUCCACCAGCAGCUCCAAGAUGUCCCGGCGCCUGGGCUUUGCGCUGCGCAAGAUCGGCAGCAAGGGGUCCGAUAAGCGAGACGACAGGUCCCGCCCGUCCACCCACGACCACGAGCAUUCCGACCCCUCCCUCGCCCACCUCCGUCGCCUCGACUCGGGCUCCCUCAACGAGCUGCAGGAGAGCAACCUGAGACAGCUCCAGACCCUCAUCGCGCGCAUGCGGGCCGCCCCGGCUGGCCCAAACCACGUCGACGGCGCGUACAAGGAGUUUAUCAAGAUCAAGGAUACCUGCCAUACCCUAUGCCUCGCCAUCCUCCAGGACGAGCUGCGGCCCCUCCGCGCCGGCUCCAACGACACCGACUCGCUCCAGCGCCGGGACUCGUCCUUUGAUUCCCCGCACAGCCCCGGUGCCGUGUUCGAUCAGCGCAGUUCCUUCAGCGGCCGUAGCCUCACCGAGGUGGCCACGGGGAGCGUGGUGCGGCCGCCGCACACCAACGAGCUGUUCCUCGCCGCCAUUCGCGACUGGAAGAACUGCCUCGAGACCCUGACCGAGGCCUUCAAGGUCAGCCUUGCCGACACGUACAAGAGCUACGAGCGCGAUGCGACGCAAGAGAUGGUAGACCAGCUCUUCAGCAGCAAAAGAUUUCGGAGAGAAGCCGUUACCCGCAUGCGCAACGCCAGCGUCACGAGAGUCCUCUCUGCCGACCCCCAGUUUUUCCCGAGAUAUGAGAUUCGGUUCAGAAAUUACGAAAAGGUCAAGCAGGAACUGAGCGAGAUACGGCAUGUCCUCCAGUCGGGCGAGUCGGGCAUCUUGCCCUCACGGACAGUCGAAGAGUUCCCCAUCGCACCCCGCGGCGAUGCGAUUCUCGAGUUUGCGAAUAUCACUGCCGAGUCGAACGGUAGUGAGCCCGUUUUGCGAUUCCGUGUUUCGUCCUACAUGCUGGCCGAGACGUCACCAAUAUUCGCGCGCAUGUUCUCGGGCCACUCGGGCAGCUUGUACUUGCACGAAGCUGGCGACAUCACCGAUCAGCUGCCGCCGCCGCCAUCGCAGUACAUCUGCAAGGACGGCUCCGAGGCCAAGCUCUAUCGCAUGCCGCAGUACGAGGUCAACCAUCUCAAGGCCAUGGAGACGCUCAUGCACGCGGCGCAUAUGCACAAUGAGAUGGUCCCGCGCGAAGUGUCAUUUGAACAGUUUGUGGCCAUUGCCGAGUGCUGCAUGCGCUACAGGAGCACGUCGCCCCUGGAGCUGGUGGUCGAGCACCGCUGGCUGCCGCAGUGGAUGCACAAGGGAGCCGACGACAUGCCCGACGGACUGCUCGUCAUCAGCUACGCGUUCGGGUCGCGGCAGCUCUUCACGCGCAUGUCCAAGAGCGCCAUACUCAACCUGGUAGAUGAGCGGGAUCUCCAGAGCAAGCCCUGGCCGCAAAAGAUCAAGGACCGAAUCUGGGCCGUGAGGUGUGCAAAAGUGGCACAGGUGUAUGCGAGCUGCACGGCGACAAUUCAGGAGUACCUGCGGCCACCUACGCGGACCGCCGAGGACGACCCAGAGCCGCUGUCUCAGGCGGAUCUACGCCAGAAUAUCAACAUGCCGGCGGCGCCACCGAAGCAUGCGGCAUCGCUGACGAGCACUCCGCGAUGUCCCAAGGGCAACCACGGCUGUGACGCGGUGAACCUGGGGUGGAUGAUGCUUGUAUACAACGAGAUGGACCUCCUACCACAGAUCAUGCGUCCGUCGGUGCUGGGACACCUGCCCCAGGCGGAGCCGAGGGCCCGGAGCCUCGCGCAGAUGGUGGACAUCCUGCGGCGGAUGCCGAGCCCUGCGUCACCGAUCCACCAGGGCGGCGUGUGCGACCCAGGCCCGUCGUUUCGCACGGCGAUUGCAGAUAUCUACAACAGCGUGACGGGUCUUACACUGCACGACGUGAGUGGCAAGAGCCACGGCUGGGCGCUGUCGAAGCACCGCAUGGCGGACCCGCAGGUCCUGGUGACGAGCGGUCUUCGACGCAUGGCCGCGCACGACGACCCGCACACCGUCGCCGCCGAAUUCCCGGACGAGGUGCGGCUGCGGAUCUUGCAGGCGCUGGACGACGUAGACGACCUGCACGCCGCGGCCCUGACGAAUCGCGGAUUCUACGACACCUAUCACAGGCAUGAGCUGAGCCUGAUACGCAGGUUCCUGAAGGCCGACAGGAUCCGAAAGGCGUCGCUGAGGCACAACGAGCACGAAGACGACAAGGUGCUCAAGGUGGAGUCGGACCGUAUCAAGGAGGAGGUCGUAAAUACCGACUUGGAUGCUCGCACGAUCAACGAGGUGGAUGAGGAAGACGAGGAGGGUGACUCUGAUGAUGAGUCGUUGAGCGGUGCCUCUACGGCCUCGGUCCACGAGCUCCCGCGGAAUCACCAAACGGUCGACCCGCCAAAGUACGAAGAGAGCGACAGCCCUCCGAGCGGUGGGCAAACGUCGCCCACGACGCCGCGGCAAAGCCCCGUGGACAUGCGCCGCCCGUCGCGCACCUCGCCGACGAAGCAGCCCGACGUCAUCACGGCGGCCAUCGAGGACGACGACAUCACGCCAAUGACCGAAGACGAAGCGCGGCGCAUCCUCUGGCCGGACUCGAUCCUCGACACGGAAUCGCCACGGCGAAUACCCCGGUCCGCUGCGGCGGUGCUGCACCCUCGCGCGCACCGCCAUGCCCAUGGCGGGCCGACCGGCGACGCCAGCGACGGGCCUCCACCAUCCGCAGAUGGGAUUGUACCUCUGUGGGAGAAGUUCCGCAUGGGUGACCCAUCGCUCGGAGAUGCGCUCGAGGACAAGACGUUGGUCGUGACGGGCGAGAAGCAGCUGCGCAGCGAGCAUGACCGCCGGGUCGGCCUCUUGAAGAAGGAAGGCGGGAAUGCGCAUGGCCACAGAGACGGAGAAGCCGGCGCGGGAGCAGCAAGCAAGGGAGCAUGA